GUCUGACCCAGUAUGGCCGUUCUUAUGUUCUAUUCCAUCUCCCACCAAAAAGCCCCCCAGAAUAAAACAAACCUGAUGCAACCUAUGGAGGGGAUGGUAAUCUCAAGAAUACUGUUCAAAACAGUUAAAUACAAAGAAGAUAAUAUUCCAGGUGUAACCAGCACUGAUCUACAAUCUGUAGACAGAAAUGUUCUGUUGGUUUGGAUAUAAACCUCCGAAGGGAUUCAGGGCUGCUCUUACUGACCUCAGUGCAGUGCAGAUUUGGGUCCGAAAGAAAGAUAAUGUGAUUUGUACCACUUCUAAAGUUGCAAGAAUUUAUCAGGACCUAUCUGUUUUUAUAUUUACAGUAUUUUUUUGGAGUGGCAAAGGGCUCUAUUUGUAAAUGCACAACUGAGCCACUUGCCAUGAGAAUCUGUUCUGCACUAAUACAUUCUCUUGUGUUUGUGACAUAUCACCAUAUGCUGUAUGUAUGAAAGAUAAAGCACACCCACCUUUCUACAUGGCUAUUUGGAGAGUUUCUAUAAGGGAUUCAGUUUUGUGAAGGAGAGCAGUGAGAGGAUUAUGAAUAUCAACCUUCUAUCCUCCAGCUUGAAUGAAACUCUUCAGCCCAUUCUCUUGGUGUUGAUGCUUUUGGUGCUUCCCAAUUGUGAUUUCUCUGGUCAGCUCUUAGCCUACUUGAGUCUCUGUCCAAUUUUCAUCAUAGUCGGCUUUGUUACACUCAUCAUAUUCAAGAGAGAGCUUCAUACGAUCUCUUUCUUGGGGGGGCUGGCAUUCAAUGAAGGAGUGAACUGGCUAAUAAAGAACAUUAUUCGUGAACCACGGCCCUGUGAAGAAGCCCAUUCAACGGUGGCUACAAAAUACGGGAUGCCUUCCAGUCACUCUCAGUUCAUGUGGUUUUUCUCUGUUUACUCGUUCCUGUUUCUUUAUUUAAGAAUGCACCAAACAAACAAUGCCAGGUUUCUAGAUUUAUUGUGGCGACAUGUGCUGUCCAUCUGCCUCCUCAUAGUGGCCUUUCUAGUUUCAUAUAGUAGGGUCUAUCUGCUCUACCACACCUGGAGCCAGGUCUUAUAUGGAGGUGUUGCAGGAAGCAUCAUGGCGGUUGCCUGGUUUGCCUUCACACAGGAGAUAUUAACUCCUUUGUUCCCAAGGAUAGCUGCAUGGCCAGCUUCAGAGUUCUUUUUAAUCAGAGAUACCAGUCUCAUUCCCAACAUCUUGUGGUUUGAAUACACAGUCACCAGAGCAGAGGCAAGAAACAGACAGCGCAAGCUAGGUACAAAGCUCCAGUGAUUCAAGAAAUGGGAACAGAAUGCAGGACUUAUUGGAAAAGGACAAAAGUAGAGACCUGUACAGACCUGGGAGCAGCAAGGAGUCUUUUCACAGAUGGACCAAAGGAACAGGCAGGGACCAUACCCAAAGCCUGGAGGCCUUUGCUCUGGCUUUUGCAGCUAGCUGGAUGCUCUCUGAUGCAUGUGGAAUGGUGCAGGAACAGAACCUCAUUUAAAACACAAAUGCACAUUGCCAGUUGGAAUGUACCAUCAUGUCUGAGUUGUGGGAGGGGGAAGAAAAUACCAGAUGUCUUGUGUGAGGGAGGGAGAACCAAAAAAAGAGCAUUUUUUUUUCCUGUGACUUUUUUUUUUUUUUUUUUUUUUUUGCAGCAUGAAAUAUACACACUAUUUAUUUAUUUUUUUAAAUUGAACUAUUAUUUUUGGGGUGGGUGAUGCAUUGUUUGUGUGUUUGGAUGAAGAUGACAACCUAAUUUUGGGUUUUUAAUGCGGGAGGUAGGAAGGAGAGAUGGCGGAUGGCUUAGGCAGGAGGGGAAGAGAUAUUUCUUUGCUUCCUGCAACAGUUGGGAGAUCAUAAUCAAUUCUCACUGUGCUUGGUGAGGACAUAAAGAAA